AUGGCGUCCCUGGCGCGCGGAAACGGCGCGGACAGCGGUGGAGAGGACUUGGAGGUUCGGCGGCAAGAGCAGCUGCGCUUGGAGGAGAGGCUCCAGUUGCGCCUCGCUGAGCUCCGCGGCGACCGCGCGCCACCCAGCGCACCUGCCGAAACCCCGGAGCCGGUGGAGCCGAAAGCUGUGCGACCCGAGGGGUCGUGGCGUUUGGAGGAGACGUUGGAGCGCGUGGCGCGCUUGGAGCUCCGUUGCUCCUCCGUGCCGCGGAUGCACUCGCAGCUGGAGAACCUGUCGGAGCGGCUGAGCGCGUCGGUGAAGAAUGUGGACGAACACUUGGCUGUGCUUCGAUCACAGCUUCGAACACUCCAGGAGCGCAGCGAGACGCAGCGCACGAAGCUCCACGACGAGCUCUUCGCGGAGCUCUCGAGACGCAUCGACGUCUUCGUGCAACAACGUUUCACUUUGCUCCUCGAGGAGCUUCUCCCCUCCGCCCUCGCUGCGCGCCUCGAUGCCGCUGAGCCGUCCCCAGCUCUGCGGCGAGCCGAAGAGACGGCGAAGCGUGUCUCGAUCCUGGCCGAGAGCAACAGCAGUACCUUGGAGCAGCUGAAAGUCUUGCAGGCGAGUUUGGAGUUGGGUUUAGCUUCUGAGCUUGCAGGCGUCCACGAGGACAUCGACCAGGGCCUCCGGCGCCUGCAGUGGGAGUUCGCCGCGGCGGAGCAGCGCGGGAGGGAGGCCAUCGAGGAGCGGGCUGCUGCGGCCUUGGAAUGUGAAAAGGCUCGUGCUCAGGAGCUUCUUGCGGUGGAACUCAAAGCGGCCCAAGCAGAAAGCACCAUGCUAUCCGGUCUCUUGAAGGAGGAGCAGAGUGAGCAGAGCGAGCGAAGCAGGCGACACAUGGAGAGCUUUUUCGCUGAGCAGCAUGCGGCAAGCCAUCGGCAGGAGUCGACGUACAACGAAAUCCUUCGCCUGGAAAGUCGUGUGGAGCUGUCGAUGGCAAAGCUGGAGAAGCACGAGCAAUCUCUGGAGGACCUGGACCGAACCUCUUCGCCACCGCCGCGAGCCGCAGCGCUGGAGGCGGCAGAAGGCUUUCGCCCAGAAAUCCUAGUCCUUGCGCAGGAGGCCGGCGAUCGGACGCUUCUUCAAGCUCGCUCCUACUGCGAAGAGGCUCAGGCGGCGAAGAACUCCACCCAGGAGCUCUUUGGGCAACUGAAGCGUUUCGUGGCCGAGAAACAAGAAGCACUGGUCCUUUGCUAUCGAGAAUUGGCUCAGGUCGCUGUGACCCUGGCCGUCCGGGCAUCCGGAGCUGUGAGACCGUCGCCGAGCCUCGCGGAAGAGGAGGUCAUCCGCGAGUUGACGACGGUGAUCCAGAAGCAGCUGAAGUCCGAGGAGCCUCACCGCUUGUUUUGGGCCUCACAGGCGAUUGCAAGCUCCAGCUCCCUAGGCCCCUUGCUCGAACGCCUUCGGAGCACCUUGGCGUCGCUCGAGAUGCCGCUGGACGAGGAGGCGGAUUUGCCAAGUGGCUCUGAGGGCUGCUGGCAGGAAGCGUCGCCCUCGUCCUCGUUACACGUCGCCGUGGAGAGCUACGUGCCCAAACCGCCUUCCUUGGUGAUCAGCUGGCCAGUGCCUGACGCUGGAGAUGGUACAGCCGUCGCGGACGGUGCGUGA